GCUUCGUCGUUUAAGUAACCGAAUUUGAACGGUUGUCUUCAGCGAGGGUUGGAAGCGCGGUGACAGGACUCCUCAUGUCAUGGCUUCAGUUCUGGAGGACCCUGCCUUGGAACGACAUUUCCGAGGUCACAGAGAUGCUGUGACAUGUGCAAACUUCAGUCCCAAUAACAAACAGCUUGCUACAGGCUCAGCUGAUACAAACGUCAUGAUCUGGAACCUGAGUCCGAAGGCCAGGGCAUUUAGAUUUGUGGGACACAAAGAUGCCGUCACAGGUGUUGAGUUUUCCCCGUCCGGCGAGCUUCUGGUUUCUUCGUCCCGGGACAAAACCGUUCGACUUUGGACUCCCACCAUUAAAGGAGAGUCAGUGCUGUUCAGAGCUCAUACAGCUGCAGUGCGGAGCGUGAGCUUCUCUCAAGAUGGCCAGCAGUUGGUCACAGCCUCUGAUGACAAGUCAGUGAAGGUGUGGGCUGUCCACCGACAGCGCUUCCUCUACUCUCUGAACCAGCACACCAACUGGGUUCGCUGUGCACGAUUCUCCCCAGAUGGGCGUCUCAUUGCAUCCUGUGGGGAUGACAAGACAGUGCAGCUGUGGGACACGGCCACCCGGCAGCGUAUCAACAUCUUCACUGAUUACGGAGGAUGUCAAACUGCUGUGGAGUUCAAUAGCAGUGGGACCUGCAUUGCUUCUUCUGGGACUGACAACACAUUGAAAAUAUGGGAUUUACGUACAAACAAACUUCUGCAACAUUACCAAGUCCACAGCGCGAUGAUCAACGCCUUCUCCUUUCACCCAUCGUGCAACUUCAUCAUUACUGCGUCCAGCGACAGCACGGUGAAGGUCCUUGACCUGCUGGAAGGCAGGCUCAUUUACACACUCCAUGGCCACAAGGGCUCAGUUCUGACCGUGUCAUUCUCUCGAGUUGGCAGCCUCUUUGCAUCUGGAGGCUCUGAUGCUCAGGUGCUGAUGUGGCGGACCAACUUUGAUGCUUUCAGCUAUAAGGAGAUGCUGAAGAGACACAGUCAGAGGGUAAAUCCAGAGCCUCCUCCACACCUGGCUGAUAUCUACCCGCGAGGACCACACCUUCAUUCGGCUCAGUCCAGCUCCAUUGAGAUUAACCCGUGCGUGGUGGACACUCAGACAGCGGACCCUGCCAUCAUCGAGGCUGGUCAGAGCGUCAACUCAAACAUGGGCGGUGCUGACCUGGAGAGCAGGGCAGGGGGUGGCCAGGCAGCCCGGGAGGAAGAUGCCCUGGGGUAUAGCGUGGCCUCCUCCCCUGAGCAGUCCUCUGGCCUCCCAUUAACCAUCAGUAGCACCCUGGAGCACAUCGUACGCCAGCUGGAUAUACUCACACAGGCCGUGUCGCUGCUGGAGGAGAGGCUCACGCUGACCGAAGACAAGCUCAAGGAGUGUCUGGAUGCUCAGGCCCACAUGGUGCUGCAGGUGCAGCAGGCAGGAGAGGGACCCAUGGAAAGUGGCUCUCAGGAUUCCUCUGCAUAGGACACCCCCAACCCCACCACACUGGGGGAGCGGUUCCACUCCUGGGUCACCUGUCAUGAUGGGGACAGCCCUUGGGGUCCUGUGGUUGGAAAUCCUUUGCAACCCUGCAGAUGCUGAACUAAAUUGAGGCUUCUGGGGGGCCCGUGUGAACAGGAGGGAAAAGGAAACACACCUGGCAGGCAGCCGCUACAGUGAAAACACACGACCUUGUUUCGACAACGACUACAAUCGCGUUUCUCAGGGCCGCAGCGUGAAGAUGUGAGGUUCACCACUUCCUCGCACUUCUGUAGCUCUCACAGGUUUGUCUAGAUGGCAUUGAGAUAUCACCCGCAGCAAGCGCUCGUGACUAUGCACGUGUGUGUCUCCGUUUUAUGUUGGUUUACAUUGCAUUUAUCGAUUAAAGGACAGGGGGACUUCUUCCUGACAGUGAUGUCUUAUUGGUCCUUUCUGGUAGUGACCAUACAGGACCAUCCCCCACCCACCCCCCCCCAGCAGGUUUCAGAUUACAGGGGUUCAGUGGAAGCCAUGAAGAACACCACAAAGGCUUUCACAAAUAUGUGUGUGCGUGCGCGUGGGCGCACAGUGCCACAUCCUUCCUCAUGCCGACAACCUCUGAAAGGCUCUGUUCUCCUCGCAGGAAGUCAGCAGAAAUGAGCCUGGUGAGAACGUGCGUGCCCUUAAAGCAGUAGCUCAUGUGCUGCACCAGUUGGAAGCCGUGUUCUCCGGCAGCCCUCGGCUCAGCUGCUCACCUCUUUUUCCUCUUUGCUACCUGAUGCCCCAAUAUUGUGCACCACUGAAACACAAAAAGGUACUUUUAGCAUUAUUCCAGAAUAACUUUAGAGCAGGUGCUGAUGGCCCAGAGGACGACAGGUGCACUGAAAGUGUCAAUGUGUCCAGUUUCUUCAUGUCCAUUCUGGAGACUGUUCUUCAGGGUGUACCCUGGAGUACAGAUAUAGAGAUAUAGAUCCUGUGUCCCUCCUUGGGGGAGGGGGGCUCCCCCACAGGCACUGUCACUGCAGCCAUGUGGCCGUAGGCUAGGAAGUCCGAGCAGAUCUGAUAAUCAUCUGGGCUCUUGGAGAAAGGUGUGUUGGUUGGUUGUUCUUUUCCUGCCAGCGUGGUCCCAGUCGUAUGGCUUCCUGCCCAGCAUGACCUGUGUUCUUCAGCUACUCCUCCAUUGCCGGGAAAAGACAUCUUUCCCAGGUUUAUUGGCACGGAUCAGUGGUUCGCCGCCAUUGCUUUCGGGAAACGCAGAAUUGUUUUCCUGUUUCUGCUCAGCACUGGAAGCGCGAGAACUAUCAUCUCUGUUGUUGAUAAGGAACUUCCCUCUGGUGGAGCUGCUUCCGGGUCCUGACCGGUUCUGCAGGGUUCCGGUCUGUUGAAUGGACCGUGCAUCUCGUUUGCUGCCAGGAAGAGGUCGUCCGUCCGUCCUUCCUUCCUUCCUUCCUUCCUUCCUUCCUUCCUUCCUUCCUUCCUUCCUUUCAUCCUUCAGGAUGCAAGAGUAAAACCUUGUAUUUUUGUUUGUAAGCAACAUUUUUGUCCUGUUUUAGUUGUCGGCUACUCGUUCAUUGCUGGAUUUACUGGAAAAUGAAUGAUUAUUCUAUAGAAAUAGUACAAUAACACAUAUCCCUUACAUACACCCGGGUCCCACUUAUUGUUCUGUACCAUAACUAGUGUGAAGACAGUGACCGCUAGUGAUCCGGCUGGGUUCGAAUGGUUGGACUCCUCUUUCAAUGUGGGCACUUGGUGGAGACGCAUGUUCCUUCAAGCCACUUAUGAAUACAGUGACACUUCUUCCACAACACAACCAACCACUGUAUAGACUUCCUCCUUCCUGUUAUAUCAACAGCUUCAGCCAGUCAAAACCUUUGCUUAAGGUAAAUAUAAUACCACAACGGAAACAGCACAUUCAGUACUAUUAUUCAUUUACCUGACACUUUUCUCCAAAGCGACUUAAUGCAACCUGCUUAAUUAACUAACCUAUUUAUAUUGCUGGGUGCUUCUUUAUGGUAAAUACUGAGAGCAGGAUUCAAACCUCUAUGCCACUUCCUACUCUUUAAUUAUAAUUUUUAGAGAACUACAAGCAUGCAAAUAAGGAGAAUUUUGCUGUCAGACAAAUUAGUGUCACCCACUCAUUUAUAGUUAUGCACAAUGUGUGUGAGUGAAAGAGAGGGGGACAGGCAAUGAUCUCAGUGUGGACUUACGUCAUCUGCGGCCACAUUAGGCCAAGCAUUUCUAUCAUGAAUGAAAAUAAAACAUGGUAAGCUGGAAACAUGUAUAUAUUUGUACAAACAUUGUAAAAUUCAGUGUUAUUGUCAUGCAUAAAAAUACCUUUUGUUGUUGGUAUUUUUAAUGACAUCUUUCCUCCAGUGCACACUGUUUUCCCCCUAAAAUAGCGCUAAUAGGAUCCCAAGGUGAUUUUCAGCUCUAUACACUGUCAGCUGUUUGGGAUCAAAUUUGAU